UGAAAUUUGUGAAAGUGUUGCUGCUUUUUAAACUGCUCUUAAACUUUUGUCGCGAGACGUGUUGAGCGAGUGUGUUUUAUUCUGAAGUGUGAGAGAGAAAUUUGUGCUUUUAAAGUAACUGAUUUUUUUUCUCUUGCUUCUCUUUACAACAAACCCGUGUGACAGAAAAGGCAAAAAAUGAAACUAUACUUUAAGCGCUCAGGAAGCACGAAUUGACCGUACGGCUGCGAGGUGAACACCUGGACCACCUCCCCCCUCUUCCUUUUCAUCUCUCUGCCCCUGGCACACAGAUUCCCCCUGUCAUCUCUCCCCUCCCACUCGUCCUCUGGCUGUGCUUCCCCUUUCCCUCUCUCAGCAGCUUGUCCAUUCACAGCUCCCUCUCCUCUUCCCCUUUUCGCCUAACCGGUGGUGGUUACAAGAGGGAUGGGUGAGGGUCGGCAGGCCGACAUCUCUCCCCCACGAAACCGUUUGCCUGUCUCACUAGAUGCCUCCUGUCUCACAGCCAUCAGGAACGCAUCCACACUUGUCCAGAGCUGCAUCUCUGUCAACACGAGUUUGCUCGUGGUAUGUCCUGGGAAUCUCUCUGCCUCGCUCUCUUCCUGUCUUUAGGUCUUUAAACCACCGGCUUACACAGUGCAACCGAGCGGAAAGAUAAGUGGCGUUCAGAAAACAAGAGGUGUGCUCCAACCAUGUAGCUCGAAGUCACGCUUUCAGACGGUCCUCGCUCAUGUGUAACACCAGCAUAAUGGCCUACUGUUGGGGUUGUCAGUGGUGCAUGUGUGUGUGUUGUCCGUGGUUGGGCUAACUGUGUGGUAAUACCUUUGUGUCACCACCAUGCCCCGUGAUGUAUUGCUCUGUGUGGCUCAUUGAGCACAGCAUGGCACCGAUGCAGCACGGGAGUCCUGUGGGAGCCGAUAUGUAUCAGGGUUGGAAAAAAAAUAACUACAAGUUCUCCUCUUACUCGCUGAAACGCUCGUUUGAGGUGGAGGAAGCGGAUACAUCCACACACCCAUCGCCCCUGACUCGCCGGACCACCAACCCCCUCCGCUCAUCCACCUCCUCCACAUCCAGCCAGCGGAGCUAUGACUUGAGCUCCCGCAACUCUGAUUACUCAUCCACCAGAUCUUCACCCUCUGAGUCCUCCAGUCUACGCUCCCCGAAGACCGGCAUGAGGCGCAUUGAGUUGUCAGGGGGUCGUAAUGCUGAUACAGCCUCUUCCCGCCGUGCCGAGAUGUCCAUUGAAGUCUCCUCCAAGCAGAUAGAUAGCUCGCCCAGUGCCGGCAUCACCCGCUUUGGGCUCAAACGGCCGGAGGUCAGCCUGAGCAACAGGAGCACCUCCCUGGAGAGCUCCUCCAAUUCCUUCUCAAGCACCAGUAGCAGGCGAGGGGAGCUGAACAUGACGAGGACCCACGAGCCACCUGCCCCUCCCCGGAGGAUCGACUCCCAGAUGGCCUCAACCCCGGUGUCUAGGAUCCCCGAGCCUCCCCAGAGAAGGGCGGAACCCCCGUCGCCCAACCUUAGCCCAGUUGAUGUGGCCUUCAAGAGGCCAGAGGUUCCUGUGGAGAACAACGGCCACCAGCCGCCUGCACCCGUCACCCCCCUGCCUUCACCUGCAGAGCACCGGGUGGAGAGGGUGCAGUCGCCUGUCACAGAGGCGUCCGCAAGCCGACCAGCAGACAGACCUGAAGUGUUUUCCAGCUACAGCAGCAGUACCAUGUCUGAGGCGGUGGUGCCUGAUGCUAUGGUGUCCCCAGCAGUGGGUGGACUGUAUGGGGAGAAGGCUGGCGGCCCCAUGUUGGACUUCAGCUAUGUGGGUAUCGAUGCCAUUCUGGAGCAGAUGAGGAGGAAAGCCAUGAAGCAGGGUUUUGAGCUCAACAUUAUGGUUGUGGGACAAAGCGGCCUGGGAAAGUCUACUCUGAUGAACACGCUGUUCAAGUCUAAAGUCAGCCGUAAGUCUGUGCUGGCUACAGCCCAGGAGAAGAUUCCCAAAACAGUGGAAAUCAAGUCCAUCAGUCACGACAUCGAGGAGAAGGGUGUAAGAAUGAAGCUGACAGUCAUUGACACACCAGGCUUUGGAGACCAGAUCAACAAUGAGAACUGCUGGCAGCCCAUCAUGAAGUUCAUUAAUGAUCAGUACGAGGCGUACCUGCAGGAGGAAAUCAAUAUCAACAGGAAGAAAAGGAUCCCAGACUCCAGAGUCCACUGCUGCAUAUACUUCAUCCCCCCAACUGGACAUUGUCUUCGGCCUCUUGAUGUCGAAUUCAUGAGACGUCUGAGUAAAGUGGUCAACAUCGUCCCAGUCAUCGCCAAGGCAGAUACACUCACGCUGGAGGAGAGAGACUUCUUCAAAAAGAAGAUCAGGGAAGAGCUGCGAGCCAAUGGGAUUGACGUAUACCCACAGAAGGAAUUUGAUGAGGACGCAGAGGACCGAAUGAUCAAUGAAAAGAUCAGGGAGAUGAUCCCAUUUGCUGUGGUGGGAAGUGAUCAGGAGUACCAGGUCAACGGCAGGAGGUUGCUGGGGAGGAAGACCAAGUGGGGAACCAUUGAAGUUGAGAACAUAGCCCACUGUGAGUUUGCCUAUUUACGGGAUCUCCUCAUCAGGACCCACAUGCAGAACAUUAAGGACAUCACCAGCAGCAUCCACUAUGAAAUGUAUCGCGUGAGGCGCCUCAAUGAGAAUAACACGAUGGUGGCUCAUGCCAACGGUAUCCCAGAACAUCAUCUCACCGCCCACGAGAUGUAGACGCCGCCUGCCGCCAUCACAGCGUAACUCGUUUGUUCUGAGACUCUGAUGUUCAGCAACAGUCCUUCAACUUCACUCCAACCCACUCCACUCCAAACCUCCUCCCCCACCUCACAGGGUGCGAAAAACUCAAACGCCUGCCAGAGGGACUUCAUUAUCGGUGACUUUUGGUGGCUGAAUGGACGGUUUAUGUCAGUUUAUUGCUUCAUGAAUAAAUCCCCUCAGUAUCGCUGACCGAGAGAGGGAUUUUUACCUGCUUACAGUUAAUAGUUGUGGUGCCAAAAUUUCAGCUUCCACCAAACCGAACGAACUGACACUGAAGUGCCUUAAAACGUAACAUAUUAAACUCGUCCACUUUUCUUUUUGCAGAUUUUGGUGUUUUGUUUUUAGCAGCGCCUGUAGGAAUGUGGGCCACAGUUUUGUUUUUUCCUCUAAGCACACACUUAUAGCGACGUGUGAAAAGUGAUGAUACUUGCACUUGAUCACUGCAUAAAGCAUGUUGGAGAAGGGCCAGGCAGCGCUUUGCCAACAUGUAACACACAGUAAUGUAAAGUGUGAGCAGUGCAGCUUCACUCAGCUCUCUCCCCCUUAGUUAACCCCUCCCCCCCCCACUCCCAAAAAAGGGUUAUCAGAGAGCACCUCAUACGCUUGACUUAACUUUUCUGUCGCAGCUCGUGUUUCUCUUUAAAAGUUGUUUUUAAUUCCCACUUAUAAAUGUCAUUGUUUAUGAAUAGAAAUAUCUUGAGUGAUUUAAGAUAAAGUAUUUAUGCACGAUAUAAAAUGUGAACGCCGUCAGUUGUAGUCCAUAUAUUCAGAUUAGUAACACACACACUUCCCCUGCUUUGGGCCCGUCAUGGCGCCUUAUUUAUUGGAGGGUUUUUGUGCUUUUUCAUAGCAUGUUGGCCAAAACUGGAAAGAGCACGGUUGUUGGUGCCAGGCUGACUACAUUUAGACGUUUUCCAGUCCCCUUAAAUUCUUUUUUUUUUUCUUUUUUUUAAUCUAGUCUUCCACUGACCAGCCCACUUUGUUUUUCCUCCCAUCAUGUACCGAGGAUCUUUCUUUCAUCCACAUAUUACUUCCUAAGCUCUCACUGUCAUGCUCUGUCCUGUAUAUUCGUCUGUGUUCUGAUACAUUUUUGUACUUGUAUUAUUGAUAACAAAUUUUCUUUUGUCUUAUUUGAAAGAAAUAAAGAUUGAAGUUGUAAA